UGCCCGCUGGGUGGGCGUGGCCGCGUGAGGGAGGCGGCGGGCGCAGCGCAGCCCUAAGAUGGCGGCCGGGCGGCGGCGGCGGCGGCGCUGAGUGGAAAUACUUGAAAUCUUCCUACUAAUAACAGGCCGUUUCAGCGUGGUCCUUAUUGCCUGACAUAAAGAGAAUUACCUUUAUCACUGGCUGUCUUAAAGCUAUUGUAGUUCUGAUCUAUCAGUGUGAUUUUAUUUAUUUAUUUACUUUUGGUUUUGCGUUUCCUUCUGUUUGACCAGUGAUCCUUGGCUAGUCAAGCUCUUUUUUUUAAUUUUAUUUUAAUUUAUUGCUGUCUCUAGUCAGUUUUGGUUUGGUUGUGUGAAGGUGCUGCUGGUGUUUGGUUUGUAAUCUUGUAGGGCAGCGUGCAGGGAGGGUCAUAAAUCUGCAGCAGGGUUUGGUGGCUUUUUUUUUAUUUUUUCUUCCUUUUUGUGUGUGUGUGUGUGUCUCUUGUUUUACUUUCAGAGCAAUAUCUUAACUUUUAUCCUUGCUCUGUUGAGCAAAAGCGAAAGUUAGAUGCUGGGCGCAAACUUCUGCAAUCAGUUAUCCUUUCCAACCUUUCCUAGCUGUAGAUUCCUCACGCAGGGGAGGCUUGGUGAAAAAUCAGUCCCCUCAAAAGCUAAACGGGCAGCGAUUGAAGCUUUCUCCUCUCGGAGUAAAACAACUGUAACAGAAACAUUUGCUCCUGCAGCCACCUCCACUAAAAGGCACUUUAAUUAAAAUCACAGCCCAGCCAGGGGCUCCGGCUGGGCCGGGCUGUGCUCUCCGGGCUGCAUGGGGAGCAUGCCAGCCUCGUGUUAUUCCUGCAGAUGCUCACGGAAGACACUGAGGGAGAGCAGCAGGAGCGCUCUCGAUAGCCCCGUCUCGGCACCAUUCCAGUCUAGGUUUGAGCUGCUGCCGCCUUGAACACGCCGGGCCGUGUUUGAAACCCUAACAAAAAGAUGUAAUUUCGCUUCCGCCCGGUCCCCGGCAGGCAGGUGCAGGUUUAUGGAGGAGCUUCUGGAAUGUUCUAGCACCGACCCCCCGUUACCGGCGGGCUCUGGGCAGGCCAGCCCCUCGCGGGGGGGGAAAUACGGCCCGGCUCCCGCGCCUAAGUUUUAGCUGUGUGGGUUUCUCCCCCUUCCCCAGAACCUUUGCUCUUGAAGAUGGUGAGUAGCCAGCCUAAGUACGAUCUAAUUCGGGAGGUUGGCCGUGGCAGUUAUGGUGUGGUGUACGAAGCGCUCGUCAGGAGGACCUGUGCCCGCGUGGCCGUCAAAAAGAUCCGGUGCCACGCUCCCGAGAACGUGGAACUGGCUCUGCGCGAGUUCUGGGCCCUUAGCAGUAUCAAGAGCCAGCACCCCAACGUCAUUCACCUGGAGGAGUGCAUCUUGCAGAAAGAUGGCAUGGUGCAGAAGAUGGCCCAUGGCUCCAGCUCCUCCCUGUAUCUGCAGCUUGUGGAAACCUCAUUAAAAGGAGAAAUAGCCUUUGACCCCAAAAGUGCUUAUUACCUGUGGUUUGUGAUGGAUUUCUGCGACGGGGGAGACAUGAACGAGUACCUGCUGUCCCGCAAGCCCAGCCGCAAGACCAACACCAGCUUCAUGCUGCAGCUGAGCAGCGCCCUGGCCUUCCUGCACAAGAACCAGAUCAUCCACCGCGACCUCAAGCCCGACAACAUCCUCAUCUCGCGGGGCCGCGCCCGCGCCGGCGCCCCCGAGGAGCCCACGCUGAAGGUGGCGGAUUUCGGGCUGAGCAAGGUGUGCUCGGCCUCGGGGCACAACCCCGAGGAGCCCGUCAACGUCAACAAGUGCUUCCUGUCCACCGCCUGCGGCACCGACUUCUACAUGGCCCCCGAGGUGUGGGAGGGACACUACACGGCCAAGGCCGACAUCUUCGCCCUGGGCAUCAUCAUCUGGGCCAUGCUGGAGAGGAUCACCUUCGUCGACACCGAGACCAAGAAGGAGCUGCUGGGCAGCUACGUCAAGCAGGGCACGGCCAUCGUGCCCGUGGGCGAGGCGCUGCUGGAGAACCAGAUGGAGCUGCUCAUCCCCGUGAAGAAGAAGUCCAUGAACGCCAGGAUGAAGCAGCUGAUCAAGGAGAUGCUGGCGGCCAACCCGCAGGACCGGCCCGACGCCUUCGAGCUGGAGCUGAGGCUGGUGAACAUCGCCUUCAAGGACAGCAGCUGGGACACGUGAGGGGGCUCUGCCUGCGGGGGGUACUUUGCACCUAACCGAGAUUCCCGGGGCAGGAAUGCGGAGCUGGGAAAUCGCAGAGUGAGGCUGAGGGUGCUCCUCGGGCUCCCCUGGCAGGGGGAUGUUGCAAGAGCCGACACUACUUGAUUUCCAGCACUCUGUCGUGGAGUGUCUCACACAUUCCAGUUCCCUAUGUCAGUAUUAGGAACUCUCAUGGGAAAAAAAAAAAUGGAGAAAAAAGAAAGGUUUGCAUGCUGGCAGUGCAAAUCUUGAGGCUUUGUAAUGUAAUCUGUGUAUAUAUUUAUGUAUAUGAGUGGCUGGGAGUGUGUGGCACUUCAAUUAAUUUAUUUGCUGUGGGUCUGGAUGAUUGGGGUCUGCUAGAAAUCUGGGUGAAGGAAGUGAGUGAGAAAAACUCCUUCUUCCCCAGGCCUGAAUGACUUUAUUAUUUAUUUUUGUUAUCUGAUUUCAAAGACUUGACUUUGUAAACAAAAAAAAAAAAAAAAAAGCAAUGCAAGGGGAUCAGCUGCUUUCAAAGUGCUAACCUGGCUGAUCUGGCACUUAGAGCUUAGUGAGCUCAUCACUGAGGGAGUCAAAUUAGAAACCUACAGCCAGGUGCUGCCAGGGGGGCUGGCUCACUGAUCAUUUAUUUUGCUUUGAUUAAUCAGUCAAUCUGCCUUUUCUCAACAUGCUCUCUGCCCUGGGGUCCAUACUGCCAGAGCACCCUGAGGAAUCAGCUCAGCAGAGUUCUGUGCCCUCACUUUAUGGAAACACGGAGGAGGCAAUCCAGCAGCGUGCUCUCAAAAUCCUUCCAAACGUGGUGGCAGCAGCUCUCCCACUAGAAUCCAGCUCAUAAUCCAACACUCGUGGCUUUUCCUCUCUGGCCCUGCCCCAAAUCCAGUGGGGAUGAGGGGACAGGGGUGGCUCUGUCCCCUGGUCACACCUGCUGGCAGAGGGCUCAGUGACAGGUGUGUGAAAGGGGGCAGCCUGUGCUGGUUUUUGGUUAUUUUCCCUCCUUUUAGAGAGGUGAUCCUUAUUUGCAGGCACAGAGGGGGUUUGGAGCAGGGGAAGCUGCUGGUCCCCAGCUCUGGCUGUGCUCUGCAGGUGGAGGCUGGCACAGGUUUCUCUGGGGCCACCUGGCCCUGCAGGGCUGACAGCAGCUCUUUGUCCCAGCACAGCGCUUUGUUCUGACCUCUCCCAUCCAGCUUGACCUUUUGCGGAAAAAAAACAAAAAGCAGAGUCUUAAAAUUGUCUUUCAAGCUGCAGGAAAGGCCAGUUUUCUUUAAAAAUUCAAUUUAAUUUUUUCCCCCCACCCAAACCUUACCUGGAAAUGGCUGUAAGUAUUUCCUUGUGCAAUUUGCUUUUUGGAUACUGUUCCCUCUUAGUGCUGGGACAGCAGUUCUGGGCACUCAGUGCUUUAUUCUUCGAGUGCAAAUAAACAAAAUGUUGGUUUUUGUUUUUCCAAAAUUAAAGGAAAUUCUGAUUUCCACCCAACUUCUGAGGCUUUACAGGCCGCAGGUGGUUCUUACCUGGUGCUGUGUGAGCUGGUGGCUGUCCCCAGCUGGCCUUAGUUUAUAAUUCUUGUUAUUUCCUUUCACUUCAUCCUUUUAGGGAGUGAUCCUCAGACAAACACACUUUGCUUGUGCCAACUCUGCCUCCCAGUUCUCGCAUCUCAGCAGGGCCACUGGCUGAGAAAAAGGGGGUUUAUAACCCACCUUAAACUUGGGAGCCUGUUAAAAACAAAGGGGUGAGCGUCCCCCUGCCUUACCCAGGCAGAAGUCAGAACCAGAACAGCACUGCUCCCCUCUGAGGUGCUCUGUGCAUCACCUGGGUCCCCUCUGCAGGGCAGAAAUCAGGGGCUGGCACGGGCAAGUUUCGGGGUUUUUGACUCCCCAAGUGUUUCUUUGCACUGAUUGCCACUUUAUAGGUUGGGGGUACCUGAAAUCCCUCUCUUGGUGCUUAUCCUCGCUGUUGGGUGACACUGGUAGUCCUCGAGCUCUGUGUUCUCUUUGGUUUUUGUUGUCUGAGGUCUUUGUUUUGAGAAAGUAAAUCAAGUUGUUGUAGCAGCUGCGGGGUCGUUCACCAGCGUGACACAGAGUCAAGACACUUUUCAGCACUUGGGAAAGAUUUUUUUUUUCCAUGUUUUUUUCUUUAAAAACUGUAAAAUAUAUUUUAUGGAGAAUUUAUAAUGAGGAAAAUUAUUGUGUAAUUUAUUAAGUUCAUGACUGUUUUUGAAAUAAAAUCUUGAAUUUCGA